GUCUGGAAGAACUCCAAUGGCCAAGCCAUCCCGGAAACCUUCAUCAAGCAAACUGGAACACCAGAGGCUUUGUUGGCAUUAUGGAGAUCUAGUUGCUUACGGCUUCAGACGUCUGCAACGUAAAUAUGAUAGGAGAACAGCUGAGCUCCCUGACCCAACGUAUAUCGAAAACGCUCUGGCAGCUCUCUCUAUUGAUGGAGUUGAAACCCAGGAGGGUCUCACCGAUCAGCUGCAAUCUAGCCUUCUGCCUAUCCUACAAAGCCAAAUCGACUCUCUCUUGCAAGCACUAGAUCUCCCCGGAUUGCGAAAUGAUCCAGUUCCAAAGCUCGCUCUUGUCUUACAGAUUCAAGCGAAACUCGAUUACAGCUUGGAUCGAAUCAAAUAUCUGGUUGUCACCCUCUGUCCAGAUCGGGAAUCUAUGUCGAAUCGGACGGAUGACCACGAUCUCAAAGGAUUGAAAUCCUACAGACUUUGCCGUCUCAGAAUGAAGUUCGAAGGAAUCCUGUCAUGGCGGAUCUGUGAGAUCUUUGAAACGGCCAAUGACCUCAUCCAACAGAUGGAACUCUCAUCCGGACCUUCUAACUCCAGCUGGUCAGAGAUAGAGUCUCUCAAGAAAUCAUUGAAUCGGACCGUUUGUUGUACGUCGGAUACGAUCAAGUCGAUCGCAGAUUGUUUCCAAGCAUCUGAACUGGCCCUUGCCCAAGAUUCAUGGCGACAUCAAAGACUUCAGAUAGAACAGCUGCACCAGUCUAUCCUCGAGGAACUCAAUCCAUCAACACAUACGACAGGGAUUUUCAAGCAGUACUCUGACCAAUUUGUCGGUCAAUCAGUCAUUCGAUUAGCUAGAUUGACUCUCCCGAUCUUCAAACUGUCCAGGAUCUUCUUCGCCAAAUUAUCGAAACGAGGGUUGACUCAAGAACGGCUUCCGAUUCAUACGGAGAUCAGUUCCGAACAAAUCAGCAUUCUCGCUGCAUCUGUUGAACAUGUGGCUGAAGAUCUCCGUGAACUCAAGUUUCAUCUCGACUCUGCUAACCAACGUGAUGGAGAUGCCAGAAGUGAAGAUUUCGUCAGGAUAGCUGGAUCACUCAAAAAUUGCUUCGUGUUCCCGUUGCUUCUGGUAUCCAUGUAUUUUAUUCCUUUGAUUCCUGAUACCGAGGGUCUUCAACUUCAAAAAUAUUAUCAGAAUUGGUGUGUUACUUGGAAUAAUCAUAUGGCUUUGGCCAUUCACAACUUCACACUUGUUGCUAAAACAUACACAGAUGACAUACCUUGAUACACGGCGUUUUUUUUUUUUUCUUCCUUGUGAUCUUAAUUUUCUUUCCCUUCUGUAUGACCUUUCUUGUUG